ACGCAUACUUAAAAGAAAGAAAAAGAAAGAGAAAAAAUCUGUAACCAAGAAGAUGGGGGUAACUGGAUACGUAAAUUUCGUUGCAAUGAAAAUCUGAGAGUCGGUUAAGAUUCUGAAUACUCAAAAGAACUCCUCCGCAUUUUCAGCAACAGCAGAAUCAUCUAAUUUAAUUACUACUUUUUUUGAAUUAAGAAUAAAAUAUUAAAUAAUAUCAUGAAUGAUUAUCUCAUCAUUUGUUUUUAACUUUAUAAUGUCCUCUGUAAUAGUAUAAGAAAGUGAAGUAGUACUAUUAAAUUGAGACAGUGUGAUUAAUUUUAUUAUAAUAUAAUCUCAAACAAUAUUAUUAAUAACAAAAUCAAGAAAGUAGGAGGGGUUAAAAAAAAAAACAUAAAAAAGAAAGGAAGAAAAAGUAGAGAAGGAGAAAGGAGAGAGAGGAAAGCCACCUGGUUCAUGAUCCGUGCUCUCUGUGGCCCCACUUAUACUCUUCUUCCCCCAACCCCCAAAACUCACCUCACUCAUCAUAAAUAUAACCACAAUCUGAACCAAAAAAAAAAAAAAAAAAAAGAGUUAAUAAUGCCAUCAUAAUAGUAAUAAUAAUUAUAAUAACGAUAUACUCCAACGUUGUACAGCUUUCCCUGAAAUUUGAUCAUCAUUCUGUUUUUGUUUUCUCUUCUUGGGUUCCGUGGAUUUGUGAUAUGGAACUCUUUGCAGCUUCUUCAUCUGCCAAGCUAUUUGUCGUGGAGAAUCAUCAGCAUCAACAAGGCUACAAAUUGCAGCAUCCCCUCACUCACUUCCAGCAGAGUCACAGUAAUAAUAUUCCGGCCAAGGAUGCUUCUUCUGCCGGGGCCCUUUUCCUGAUUAGGCCAAACAAACACUGUCCGGCUUCACCACUGCUUCACCGGAAGAGCUUCCGACCGGUUUCUUCUUCGCCGUCUACCGUCCAUGCUCUGUCUUCUGCAUCAGAAGCUCAGACUAUAGCUGCUGAGGAAAGCUCCCAAAACAAGGAUGCAACUGAAUUCAAAACUGUUCAUAUCAAAUUCGAACUAAAAAGGGAGUGUUCCUUUGGGCUGCACUUUUUCAUGGUCGGUGAAGAUCCUAUGUUUGGGUUAUGGGAUCCGGAAAAUGCAAUUCCAUUGAACUGGUCAGACGGCCAUGUUUGGGCUCUUGAACUGGAUGUACCUUGUGGUAAAGUGAUCAAGUACAAGUUCAUCCUCAAAGGUGGAGGUGAUUAUAUCUUGUGGCAGCCAGGUCCUGAUCGGAUUCUUCAAACAUGGGGGACGGAGAAAACCAUAAUUGUUUCUGAAGAUUGGGACAAUGCAGAACUGCAGACCAUUGUCGAAGCGGAUCCUAUUACCCAUCAGCUUUCAGAAUCUAUGGAACACUCACAAGUUCUCAAAGAAACUGAGAAUCUAUUUCAGUUAAAUGGGGACAGCCCUGAGAGUUACUUUGAGAAGGAAUUCACUAGCGAAAGUGAACAUAAUGAACCAAACGAAGCUGUUUCAGAUGAGAAACCUACUCCGGCCAUUGUAGAAGAUAUACCUGCUGGGCAGAAUGGAGAGAAAGACGUUGAAGUUAACGGCUUCCCUGUUUCCGACUUCAUUCCUAGUACAAACAAAGCUGGCAAUUUGGGAAAAAUGACGUCAAGCAGCCUUGAGAUGGAUCUGGAUUCAGGACCUCGAGCUACAGCUCGUGUUCUGGUUCCAGGUUUGACUCCAGUGCCAAUGGCUGAGAAUGAAGAAGAAAUAUCUGUUAGUGAAGCUGAGGAACACCUCCUUACUGAUUCCUUAAACAUCCCGGAGGUAACUGCUUAGAGUUUGUCGGAACUUCUUUCUUUGAUUUCGUUGUCUUCUACUAGUAAAGAAAUCAGGCUUGCAAUCUCUGUUACUCCAUAUUAUAGAGUCUGGAUGAGAUAAAAGGAUUGCUUGCCAAGACAGUUGAGUCUCUCCUCACAUAAAAUAUAGAAAUAACAGCAAGAUGAUGCAUUGCAGAUCUAGCAAUUGUGUUGUUCAAUUUUUCCUAGUGCGCCAUUGUAAUCUGCAAUAUGUGAAAGCAAAACUUCAAUUCCCAAUACAGCAAACCAAUAAGAACGUGACCAAAAUAUGCAGAUGAAUUUUUUAUCAUUUUCAUUGUAAAAACGAAGUAAUGUGGUACUCUGGUAUAGCAAUGAUGCCGAAAAACAAACUUUAGUUUGCAAAUAUAUGCAACCACAAUUUCUUGUAUGAGCAGUCAUAUUUCUAUGAUAAAUUUCCACAUCCCGACUUCCAAGGGCCAUUCUUUUGUCAAAUGUUUGCUUCCAGCUUCAGCUGAAGUGUAUUUUCAUAGAGAUAUUACAGCAUUAUCAUUGUCAUAGUUGCAGAUUCACAUUUCUUCGUUAUCCUUCUGUAUGAUGCUUUCUGAAUGACUUUUUUUUUUUCCCCCUCUAAACAACUAAAAUGCAGCGAAAUCUGAAGGAAGAACCUGUCGUUGAUUUACCAACUCCUACGGAAGAAACUGAAAAACGGUUAAAUGACAAACUGGGACAGCCUGAGACCAGAUAUUCACUGGUACAAGAGCCUCUCUUACUAGAAGAAAAAGAGCAGCCUAACAAUAACAUAGUGGAGCAAGUGAAUGUCCUGGAAAAUGACUUCGACUGGAUUCGAAGAAUUCUCCAACAGUUUCUGGUCAGCUUGGGUUUAGUCAAGCAGAAUUGGUAGACUACAUGAAGGAAACAUAUGCAGUACUAGAAGUUUUCCAUGAAGCCAUUUGAUGAUUGGGUGUGAACUAUCAUGUAUAGCUAUGGUGUAUACUGAGAGCUGCUACUUACAGCAGUGAGGAAUCUUAACAGACCCUGGUGUGUCGAUUAGAUUACCUAUAAGCCAUAAAGUCAAUGAUGAUGCAGAGGUGAUGAGGUUCCAAUUGUUGUUGUUUGCCCUAUAUUUUUUGAGUUGUGUAUGCUAAACCACUUAUGAGAUUUAAGAUAAAGCCUACUGUGAAAGGCAAAGCAGCAGAGUUCAUUUGAUUCCAACAGUUGCAAGACACAUGGCACAGGUUUUGAUGAAUUAUAUAGACACAAGUUAUAAAAUUUAGAUAGUUCAAACGGAAUCAAUUGGUC